AUGGCUUUUGCAGAUUUAGUGCUGGCUUUUGGAGAUCUCGAGCAAGUUAUUUCAAAUCUUACAGAGACCGCGUUACAGUGUAUGAUAAUAAUGAAAAUGGUGCUGAUAAAGUAUUCUGGUACUCUUCGAGAAACUAUCAUGAUGGCAACGAAUGAACUCAUGGAGGAUGCAUUUUCACAAUCCGCAGAGAAGAAAAUUUAUUUAUUUUAUAUAACUGUUGCUAAAAAGUUUUUCAAGGUGCCGUGUAUUUUCGCUAUCUGUGCUACCACGGCGUACCACUGGAUGCCUAUGCAAGCUCAAAUAUACGCUGCUUUGACUAAUCAGACAGUGCCUAUGUUACUGCCGUAUCGAACCCAUGUGCCUAUCGAACUGACGGACCUGACGACCUACAUAUUCAUAUGGAUCUAUCAGCUGCCAGUAAUUUACCUGAACACAUUUCAAAUCCCAGGUGUUAGUUUGGGGAUUACUCUAGUACUCAAUGCCUCCGGCCAUCUCGCCAUAUUAAAAACGAGAAUACGGCGAAUCGAACGGAUUAAUGGUGUGGUAAAUGUUCAAGUUGAACUUGUUGAUUCCAUUCGACGUUAUCUCCAAAUAGCUAGAUAUGUCAAAUUGAUCAAUAAGAGUUUCCGGAUUAUACUUUUAGAAGAAGUAGUUAUAAUGACAGUCUGCACGGCAUUGGGGUGCUACACUCUGCUGGUGUAUUCAGAUUUAUCUAACGGCAUAUAUUUUAUGGUGUUCAUUGUGUAUAUGGUGGGAAUGUUACUUCCACUAUAUGGAUACUGUUUCGUUGGAGAAUACUUAAUUACCCAGAGUGAACAUGUCCAUGACGCAUAUUACCACUGUGACUGGCUUAAUCUAUCAUUAAGUGUUCGAAAAUCAUUGAUACUGUGCUUGAUCGGCACGAAAAACCCAUUGCAGUUGACAGCGGGCGGAUUCUACCGAUUUUCAUUGGGGGGAUUUACAACAAUCAUUAAAACUGCUAUGGCUUAUUUCUCAAUGCUACGGACUUUGGCACUAUAGAUACCAUUCCAUUUUUAUUAUAAAUUAUUAU